GGGCUGAGUUCAAUUAAGAGACCAUGUCCGCCAUCAACCCUCUGCGCUCUUCUGUCUUCUCAUUUAAACCAAAUUCUCCAUGAAAUAGCAGUAACGCGCGGCCUCAAGAAUGGCCAGCUCGGGUGCAGUUCAGGUGAAACUAGAGCUUGGUCACCGUGCCCAGGUCAGAAAGAAACCCACCGUGGAAGGUUUUACGCAUGACUGGAUGGUGUUCGUCAGAGGACCGGAACAUAGCAACAUUCAGCACUUUGUGGAAAAAGUAGUUUUUCACCUGCACGAAAGCUUCCCAAGACCAAAAAGAGUGUGCAAGGAUCCGCCUUACAAAGUGGAGGAGUCUGGGUACGCUGGCUUUAUCUUACCCAUUGAAGUUUACUUCAAAAACAAGGAAGAACCUAAGAAAGUGCGCUUUGACUACGACCUGUUUCUGCACCUGGAGGGGCACCCCCCUGUCAAUCACCUGCGUUGCGAGAAGCUCACCUUCAACAACCCCACCGAGGAGUUCCGCAGGAAACUGCUGAAGGCUGGGGGGCAAAGAGAUCCUCAUAAAAGAAGUACAGAAGACUCUAAAGUUAUGGUCAUGCAGGAGGGUUCUACCUCCCUGUUCGGCCAGCAUAUGAAGCUGCCCACCCUCCCCAGCAGCUCCCUGACACUGACCUUCUCUGACGCUAAGAAGAGCAAGUCUUCUCACGGGUCAAAGGAUGGGUCCAGAAGCGGCAGCAGCUCUCUCAACACGAGCAGCGCUAACAGCAGCGGCGGGAGCAGCUCUUCCAAGCUUCACAAGCCUGGGAAAGAGCACAAAGACAAGCCUCCAAAAGACUCGAAAGAGCAUGAAAGUGCCUUCAGAGACUCUACCAGGGAACCCGGUAAACCUUCCAAAGACUCCUCCAAGAAACCCAAAGAGAACCAGCCGGUUAGGGACGACCGACCCAUUCCUAAGAUGGGCUUCAAGGAGCCCAAGGCCCUGUCCAAGGAACACAAGUCUGAGCCCCCGCCUUCUCAUGGGGUGGGGCCGGGGGCAGGGGGCUUGCACCAUGGCUCCAAGGCUCCUGGGAAAAGGCCGCCUGUCACCGACAGUGAGGACCACGUGACCAAAAAGAGGAAGAAGGGCUUCUCUGAGGCGCCGCCCAAACCCCAGUCUUGCUCGUCUCCCCCACAUCAUCACUCGGAUAAAAAACUGGCGCGGGAGAAAUCCCAGACCCGCCCUGGCAAGCUGAAGGCGGACAGCGAGCCGGUGGAGAGGAGGAAGCCCACCGCUCUGCCGCCCUUCCACAAUGUCGCGGACCCCAACGACUCGGACGCGGAGGACAUGUCCGCCAAAUCAGAGUCCGAGCAACCGAGUCCGGCGAGCUCCAGUUCCAGCUCCAGCUCCGGAUUCGCCCCCACCCGCAAACGACAAGUGCCUGACUCCGUCUGCAGGAAGGUGGUGGCUGUUUCCGCGACAGCCCACACAGUUCUGGGCCCACUGCGGUCCAUAAUACAGGAUCUCCACUCAGACGAUAAUGAGGAAGAGUCUGAGGAGGAUGAUGACAACGAGGCAGACUCUGACCUGGAGCGGCCACUGCACACACAUCUUACUCACCGACACCGCAGGGUGAGUCUGAGUGACGGCAGCGACAGUGAGAACAGCUCCGCCUCCUCACCCCCACCUCGAAACGAUCCCCCACCUUUGCUGAAGACGAGCAAUAAUCAGAUACUAGAAGUAAAAAGCCCAAUAAAGCAGAUGAAGCCAGAGAAAACAAUUAAAAACAUUGAUUGUGACAAGGCCUACCUGGAUGAGCUUGUGGAACUGCACCGGCGACUGAUGGCACUGAGAGAAAGGCACAUUCUACAGCAGAUAGUCAACCUCAUAGAAGAAACUGGACAUUUUCACAUCACGAACACCACCUUUGACUUUGACCUGUGCUCACUGGACAGGACCACGGUGCGCAAACUGCAGAGUUAUCUGGAGACUUCUGGAACAUCCUGAGGAUCUGGGCAGCUGGCUGCCGCUAAGAGGACGACAACCACGCCCGCAGAGGGGGGGGGGUAUAAAAUUUUUUUUUUACUUGAAAUUA